AUGUCCGACACAGAAUUGACAGCCAAAAUUCUAAGGCAGGUCGAGGUAAAAUGUCGAAAAGGUUCAUCGAAAUUAUUUUUAGUACUAUUUCGGGGACAUAAAUUUGUCGAAAGAUAACUUCAUGAAAAACACAUUGCAAGAGAAAGGCGGAUGUGAGUUAUUUAUUUUUCGACAUAUUUUCAGGGUUACCCUUUGAUACACUGCUCAAGUUUAAGCGAUUGAGUAGCUUGACUACUGAUAUUGAGUUGAUUAAAAAGGCUCUUUCGGAAUCAAGCCUUGUGGAGGUUGGUCCGGAGGGUGUUCGUCGUGUCCCCUCGAAUCCUGCUCCAGCCACCCUUGACGAUGCCCUUACUCUUCAUGCAGACAAAGCUGUUUACGCGAAGGGUUUUCCCCUCGACGCAACAUUAGACCAGAUUAUGAGCUGGGUGGAGGAGGCUGCUGGCCCAACUCACGAUGUAUUUUGUAGACGGUUCCCAAAUAAAAAAUUCAAGGUUAGUAUGUAACUUUCAGCCGACGUCUUUAGGGAAGUAUAUUUGCAACGUUCAAAACUAACGAGGACGCCAAAAAGUUUUUGGAAUCAGCGGAAUGUGCCGAAUACAAAGGAAACUCACUUAUUAGGAAGUGGUAGUACGUGCAACAUCGCUUUCUUAUCUGUUUUCAUACUUUUCAUAAUUUUUGCUAUACAUAGAACGUCUUAUAGACGUAUUUCCAAGAAAUAAAAAAAAAUGAGACGUUUUGUUACAAAACAUGCUCACAUGUUCAUUGUUUUCGGGCGGGUUACGCGUCCUUCCAGCAGAAGCUACGAUAUUUGCCCACUUUCUUAAAAAGCGCUGCUUCUACUGUAGUAAAACGUACAUGGAAGAGAAGAGCGAGGAAAGAAAACUACGAGAUGAAGAAAAGGCUAAGAAAAAUGCAGCUUCCCAGGACCGUCGCAAUGCUGAAGUUGCUUCAAGGAUGACUCCGGGUGCCCUGAUUGAACUGGAGGGUCUGCCUGCGUCCACAAAAGGUAUUUUCUACGCCGGUUGUUGUCUGUGUUCUAGAGAUUUGUCCUGAUUAUGCCUAAAAACCUACUCGAACUUUGUUAUUGUCUUUUCUAGUAGCCAAGGCCACUAUGGAAAAACCAGAACCAUCUGGGGAUGAACCCGCUAGUGAGGAAAAGGACAAUACAGCAGCAGCCGAGGAGUUGGUAGAAGACAAGCCGGAAACUGCAAACGGUACCAACGGCAACGAUGGAGCACAGACUGUCAGCAACUUAAAAGAGUGGCUUAAUUCGAAGGUGACGAUAAAGUUCAUAGUCUUGCAUCCAGGCCCAUUUAUAUUUCAAGUAACAAUCACUUUCACAUACUUAUCUGCCGCCACUGUCUUGAUACAAAUAACUUGUCUUUGUCGCUCGGCCGAAAACUGCUUGUUUAUUUUAGCUCGAAAACAGCGUACCAAUCGCGUGGAUUGAUGUAAAUUCGGAAGAAAGAAAGGCCGUGGUGCGUUUUAAGGAACCAAACACGGCGACCGGCGCCCUAGAGAAACUGACCAAAGCCUUCGAAGAUGGCAAAAUUACGUACAAAGAUUGCCACCUUACCGGGCGUGUCAUUUCCGGUAAACUUAAAUCUUAACGAGUGUCUUCGAUUUAUGACGUUUAUUUCCUGAUAAGUUUUAGCGUGCUCGUUAGAGAUUCGGAAAGCAGAUGCGCUCGUGGUAGCUCGCCUUUCAACAUUUAUUUAGUCUAUUUGAAGAUACAGAAUCUAGCUAAGACUCACGUUUGUCCUGGGAGGCAAAUCUGCACUUGCCUAACGGACAGCAGUACCGUCACAGAUACCGAUGCUACACUAAAAGACUAUUUUGGACUUCGGGUGUUUUAUGCCCGUUUUGCAUGUUUAAAUAAGUAUUCUUUGUGCGAACUCGGGUCAUGCCAAUGCCUAGCUUCCUUUAUUAAAAGUUAAGCUGAUCUUUACUAAAUUGGAUCAUCCCUUUGCAGGCGAUGAAGAAAAAGCAUUCUGGACCACGCUUAUUGAUACCCUGAACGCUCGAAAACGGAAGGCUGGAGGAAAAGGCAAACAGGGGGUAAGUUUUCGCCCUCCCCCCUUAAGGCUGCUAAAAUAUACUUGGAUACUAAUGUUAACAUGGCGUUACGUUAUCGCCCCUUGCGUGUUUAAAAGACGGCUUUGCCAGUUUCAAAUGCCGUGUAAAAGUUGUCGCACUUCCUGUGCUGUUUUUAUCUUGUUUUUUUUUCUGCUUGUUAUUUUAGGGUGGUUUCAGGGGCAAACGUCGCCGAGUCAACUGA